AUGAUCACCUUCUCUACAUUACUACUAUCAUUCAUCUGCAGCGCUGCUGCACAAACCCACGAUGGUGACCUAAUGUCAUUUGUCACCCUCCCCGAAAUCAGGGCCGAGAAAUGGGAUAUCAAAUGGCAUGACCGCGCUCGCGUGAGCCCCGGAUACUGGUUUGUUGCGCCAAUUGCGGAUGGCGCACCCCAAUCUUUUGAAACAAAAAGAUUCCGUCAGUACCAGAUUGGACCGUAUAUAUAUGAUCAAGACGGGAUUCUCAUCUGGGCCGGCUCAUACCUGUUCGGAAACCGCAAUAUAUUCGAUUUCAAACCCCUUCACAACACCGGCGAGGACCCACGCCUCUCCUUUAUUGAGCAACGAGAUAUGAGUGGCAGUACCCGUGGACAGGGGAUUAUCCUGAGCCAGAACUACACGGUUGAAAAGGCCGUAGAGGCUCUGGAAGGUCUCAAAGAGUUCAACGUUCGUGAAUUUAACGUGCUCCCCGGAGGCCACUUUGCGCUGGCCUGCGUAGACAAGGACGAACGAAUUCCUCUUCAUGAACUUGGUCGCCCUGACGAAGACUCAUAUCUCAUUACGGGCGGGUUUUACGAGGUUGAUACGGAGACCGGCCAUAUUGCCUUUAAGUGGAGGUCAGAUGGACCUCAAAAUGUCAACCUUCUAGAGUCCAUUAAGCUCGACGCGGAUUCUCCCGCCGCAGGCAGACCAGGAUACGACUACGUACAUAUUAACUCGGUUGACAAGAACGAGGACGGAAACUACUUGAUCUCCUUGCGAUAUACCAAUACCAUCUAUCUGAUCUCCGGCGAGGAUGGCUCUAUCAUGUGGCGAUUCGGCGGAUCUAGGAGCGACUUCGUCGUUGACUUUAAAUUCUCCAAGCAGCAUGACGCCAGAUUUGUCAAAUCGAACGGAACGCAUCAUACAAUUACCCUUUUGAACAACGCAGCUGAUGAGUACGAGAAGGAAGAGAAGGUAUCAUCCGCUUUACUCGUGCAACUGGAUACCACAGUUAGCCCCAUGAAAGCCACUCUCCUUCGUCGGCUAGAGCGGCCCGACGGAGGACUUUCCCGCCUUCGAGGGAACGUACAGUAUCUCGACAAUGACAAUAUCUUUGUCGGAUGGGGUGAUGACGGUUAUCACACUGAAUUCGCACCUAACGGCGACAAACUGGUCGAGGCUCGAUUUGCUUCUUCCCGCUUCAGUACGUACCGGGCCUACAAAUCCACGUUCGUCGGACGACCAACCGAACCACCUGAUGUGGUGGCCACCGUGAUAGGGACCAAUUCAGACAGUCUAAUAACCACUAUUUAUGUUAGCUGGAACGGUGCAACAGAAGUCGAUUCUUGGAACUUCUACGCACAGGGAUGGAAUAAGCAAGAUCCAAUCUUGAUUGGGAACGUCAAGAAAGUCAAUUUCGAAACCCUAUUUAUCGCAGCCGGCUACAUGGACUGGAUCUCUGCCGAAGCACUCGACCGCGACGGCAACGUCUUAGGCACGUCCGAUGUCCAACGCACAGGAAAGCCUCCGCAAUGGGCAAAGGCAGGCUUCCGGGAAUCAAGUGAGCCUACUGCCGAGGACCCAGCUCUUCGCUACUCAAAGGGCGGUGCAGGGAGAGAGCACCACAAUCGCCCAGAAAUGGCUAAUGAUCUGCUCAGAAUCGUUGAGGUUAUCAAAGGAAUCGGGGGCUUCUUCAUUUUCGUGCUGGCUAUGGUCGCCGUAGGCGCAUCGAGCGCGGGGAUUUAUUGGGCUGUGAAAAAGGGGCGAGAGAGGAAGUCCUACAAGCAUGUUCCUGCGGAUAAUGAGGAUAAGGAAGAGAUGUUUGAGGGCCCGGAAUUUGAGCCGUAUCACUCUGAGGAGUAUCGGUCGCGAGACUCGCGAGAGUAA